AUCCCUCUCUUGGGGGUGCAAGAGCCCUCGGGGUCCGCGUCCCCGGGGGCGCCUACACUUCCCCCCCCCCCCGCCCCCCUCACAGGCGGCUGGCCGAUCGGCCGCAACCAUCCCUUUAAUUUUUUUUGGCCGAAGCCUCUUAAAGGCGCGGGGAGGAAUAAAAGGCGCCAUUUGGCAGACUUUAAAGGAGCCGCGCCCCGGGCCCUUCUCAGCGGCUUCACCAAUAAACUUUACUUCCUCGCACAUCGCGCCCCGUACAUAAUGUACGCCGUGUAAGAAGGGCAGACGGCUUGUUUCGGUUCGGCGGAGCGGAGCACCGGGGUUUUAUUUAAAGUUAUAACAUUUUAUCCGCCCCACAAAGCUCGCCGGGCCCGGACCAUGUCGGUGAGGGAGACGUUCAACCCCGAGAACUACGAGUUGGACAAGCACUUUCGGUUGAGCCGCUUCGCCGAGCUGAGGGGCACCGGCUGCAAAGUGCCGCAGGAUGUCCUGCACAGGCUGCUGGAGGCCCUGCACGACAACCACUACCAGGACGACGAGCAGUUCCUCGGCGCCGUCAUGCCCCGGCUGGGUAUUGGGAUGGAUACAUGCGUUAUUCCCUUAAGACAUGGCGGUCUUUCUCUGGUUCAGACGACUGAUUAUUUUUAUCCUAUUGUUGAUGAUCCUUAUAUGAUGGGUCGUAUUGCGUGUGCCAAUGUUCUAAGUGAUCUUUAUGCCAUGGGUGUCACAGAGUGUGACAAUAUGUUGAUGCUGCUUGGAGUCAGCAAUAAAAUGACAGAUAAGGAGCGGGACAAAGUAAUGCCACUAAUAAUACAAGGUUUUAAAGAUGCAGCAGAUGAGGCAGGUACAUCAGUUACUGGAGGACAAACGGUAUUAAACCCCUGGAUCAUCUUAGGAGGUGUGGCCACUACAGUCUGUCAACCGAAUGAAUUCAUCAUGCCAGACAAUGCAGUACCAGGCGAUGUAUUGGUAUUAACAAAACCACUUGGGACUCAAGUAGCAGUGGCUGUGCACCAGUGGCUUGAUAUUCCAGAGAAAUGGAAUAAGAUUAAGCUUGUUGUCACUCAAGAGGAUGUGGAAUUAGCUUACCAAGAAGCAAUGAUGAACAUGGCACGAUUGAACAGAACUGCUGCUGGCCUUAUGCACACCUUCAAUGCACAUGCAGCAACGGAUAUCACAGGCUUUGGGAUUCUCGGGCAUGCUCAGAACCUGGCAAAGCAGCAACGAAACGAAGUGUCAUUUGUUAUCCAUAACCUGCCUGUCCUUGCUAAAAUGGCAGCUGUAAGCAAAGCGUGUGGAAAUAUGUUUGGGUUGAUGCAUGGUACUUGCCCUGAAACAUCAGGUGGCCUUCUGAUUUGUCUCCCGCGAGAACAAGCAGCUCGAUUUUGUGCAGAAAUAAAAUCGCCAAAAUACGGCGAAGGUUACCAAGCUUGGAUUAUUGGAAUAGUGGAGAAGGGCAAUCGCACUGCCAGGAUCAUAGAUAAACCGCGGAUCAUUGAAGUCGCUCCAACGGUUGCAACACAAAAUGUCAAUCCAACUCCUGGUGCCACAUCUUAAGGAAAAACAAGCACGCAGAAAUGUGACAUUUAUUGCAAUUCUGAUGCCAUCCCAAGCAACUUUGUAAAUUUAACUUGUCUGCCGAGUGUCGGCCUUCUGGCAGAUGAUGCGUGGAUAUAAAAUAAAUCCAUUGCCUUGUUUUUCUGUUACAUUAACUGAAGAUGCACCUAAUACUAAGGCAGCUUCUGAGUUGAGAAUUUAUUAUCCAAUACUGUUGAUUCAUUUUGAAUCUAUAGACACUUACUGUCUGUGCCACAUAGGCUCUCCUUAAAGUGCUUCACAUAGAGCACACUUUACCAACAGCAGUGCAGCACCAUUUCAUUUGUCUGGUCAAUAUAUUAUGAAAACUGUGUGUCUGCAAAUCUGUUGCCUUGAAAGCUUUGCAGAGAAAGUUGCAGAUUGCAGUUGUUGCACCGGUUAAUGGAAUGCAGCAGUUUGCAUGAUUUCAUUUGGUCUUUGGUUUGUAAUGUUUAUUCACACAGUUAAAAUGUAAUGUUAGUGUUGACUUUACUCAAUUGCUCUCUCUGUAAAAAAAAAAGUAGGUCCUCUGUGCUAUAAUCGCAUGGCCAGCACUUCACUCGGAAGAAGAGUAUUUCUUUCCAAUUAGGCAAAUCUUAACAAUAAUGUUAUCAUGGUAUGUUUUCUAUUUGUUAUUUUGUAGCAAACACAGAUGUAUGUGCUAGUUUACACUGUGGUUCGCUGUUUUAUCAUGCAGGAAAUGUUGCAGACCAAAAGAAAGCUACUGUAAAGUACUCUAAGAUUGAAGCUCAGAUUGAACUACACUAUGACUUUUUUAAAAUAAUCAAUUAUGUUGACAAUAUGUGCUGUGGUUAUUAGUGUUUAAUACAUUUUAUAUUUUGUAAAGUGAUAUCUGCAUCUGCUUUUCUAUAAAUGCAACUAAUCUUUAGCAUAAAACAACUUAGUUUUUAUUUUUUUAAUUAUGCUGUAUUGAUUCCCUGCUAUUCUGUUAAAUCUGAUUAAUAUUGCUGAUGUCAUAUCUUGAACUUGCAUAUCCUAAUGAAUAUUUAAAGUUUUUUUCCUCUUUCCCUGCCCCACACCAUGUAUGUUAUUUUGUGAGCACAUGCCUUUGUUUCUGUAUAAUAUGUUAAAAGUGUAUUAAGAUUGAGAUUUUGUUACUUGGGGACCUUUUUAUUUGCUGCUUCCCCACUGCAAUGCCUCCUCCAUCCCUACCCCUCACCUUUCCACAUAGAAGUUUCACACAGCACAAUAACCCAGUUCAUUAAAUUGGAAAUUUGCUAAAAUGGCUGUUGAUCUUAUUUCUAUUUCCUUUACCCUCCUCACCCUGCAUUGUUACUAUGAAUUAGUUCUCCCCAGCAUUUUGUAAUAAUGCUGUAGCUUCGAUGGUUUAAAAUUCCAUUUUCAGGUUGUUGGGCAUAAUGGAUUUAUUUGUCCCAGUAUGUGCUAAUUCUGUCAUGAAGUACAUGUCAUGCAUGUGUUUGUACUUCUAUAUUUUAGAAUCUGGGCCCUGAGGAACUGAAUUUUUGUUAAAUAGUUCUCUUCAAACGUGGGGUAUUGAUGUAUGUGCCCUCUGAUGUUUUCCACCAGUUUUUCACCAUAAUCGACUGAAAGGUACGUUUAUAACAGCAAGUUUAUUCUGUCUGCUCUAUACUAUUGUCAUUGUCUCCCAUAAAAGCAAUCAGCUUAUCCUCUUAAUAAUAACAUUAGCCACCCAUUAAAGAUUUAAGAUGUCCAUAAUAUGCAAAAUUAAACAAAACGGGUCAUUUAAGGGCUAAAUAAAACAGACAUUUUAGAAUAAAAUGUGAAAAUGGUGGUUUAGGAUCUAUGGUUCAUUCACUCCCUCUGUAUCUGCUGGGAUUUUAAUGUAUAUCAUACUUUGAUACCCCAUUUGUUGGGAAAUAUCUCCAGUAAUUUGUUGCUCCAUCAACUUAAUCAUUGCUAUUGGAUGUUGUUAAGCCAGUUGUGGAAUGCCAGUUUGCUUUUCCUGAAUUGGGCGUGUGCAAAUGUUUUGGGUACAAUGCCUUGUCAGUUGUUCAAAACACAUAUAUUAAAAAAAAGUUAAUGUUCUUUCCAUUUCUCCACAGAUGCUACCUGCCCUGCUGAGCACACCCAGCAACCUGUUUGUUUCCAAAUUCCAGCAAGUAGAAACAUUGCCUUUUUAUUAACAGUAUGGUCUGCUUAAGGCAUUACUGAUAGUUCAUCCUGAUAGCUUAACUAUUUGAACUCAUUACAGAAUUGAAGUAGCUGGUGGUUUUCUGGUUGAGACCAAUGGGUUGGAGCCAUUUUCAAACCUUAACAUUUUGUUACUUGUUUGUCAGUGCCAAUUUUGCUGCUCACUUAUUUCUGGUGCACCAACUUGUUCAAGAAUUUGUUCAAGGAAUUCAUUUUAGUUUACAGAUGGCUUGAAAACCCAUCAUCAUAGCUCAAUAUCUAAAGCAUGCGUAAAACUGACAUGCCAUAUUUUUCAAUGAAAUGAGGGAGAUAUUCAGCUUUGUUUUUAAUGCUUCCUUGUUAGUGUGUCUGCAAUAGGUUGAAUUUUGCUUCCUUUCUUUCCCAAACAAUGAAGUGAAGAUGGAGAUUGCAAAGAGUAUUCUAGGGAAGGCUUUUGUAAGUUGGCAAGAAGUUACAGGCAAAAAUAGAGCCUGUGCCUUCAAGCUCCCAUUCUCGGAAGUUUUCUAAGAGGAAAGUAAACUCGUGAAUUUUCCUUUUUAAUACCUUUUGAUACAGCAUUUUAAAUUCAAUAACAAAAUUGCUGUACAAAAAAAAAUCUUGCCUGCCUUUGAAGCUUCUCAAAGAGAAGUCAAGAAAGGUAAUCCCAUAGAUAUAAAUCUACUCAUGAACAGAAAAUUAAAGUAAAAGCAAUCUGAACAAAGAAUUUAGACUGGAUCCUACCAACUAUCUGAAUAAAGCAGCAUUUAACAUGGAUUCAGUCCCAUGUCAAUGUAUCUGCACCUUUUUAGGAUCUAAAAAUCAUCUGAAUUGUCUCGAGCAAUAUUUAGAGUUUAUCCUACACAUCAGCUUCCUUUUGUAAGCUUAGGGCCAGCUGGACAGAGAACUACACCAUCGUGCACAGGAAUUCUGACUAGAUGGAUAUUUCAAUCAAGGGUUUUUGUCUGAACUAAGCUGAUUUACAGACCAGUAUUGUACUGAAGGUUUUUGAAAAAAACCAUGUUGGCAGUUUGCUCCAAUGUUGAGCUUUGGAGCACCUUUUGUAAAUCAAGAGACCAAAUGGUGUGAAAAGGAUUGUAAUCACUAAU